CCCACCCAAAGGCAAUUAAGGGUAAAGGACGACAAAAAUAUUUGAUGAACUUUUUUUCUGGAAGUGUAGCCUGGGAAGAAAGGAUGGCGAUAACGUUAGAAUGAAAUAUCAUUAAUCCAAGAUUACAGAUACAAGACCGUUUGAAGAUUCCUGAACAGACACGGCAUGGCUCACAUCUCUCUGUUUUAAACUUGGAAUUAACUUUAACGGUAAUAUACUAGCACAAACUGCCGCCACUUAGAGAACAAAUUCUAAAGCGUCUAGUCCGGUUGAUAAUAGGAAUAAUUUGCGUUAUGAGUCAUAGCAUACCCGACAGUUGAUUUAUUUCAGAGAGAAACGUCAAAAGAACGGACAUUACUUUUACUCCGUUAGAUAGCUCAAGAUAGCGGUCUUCCCUAUUUCUGUUCUCUGGGAUGGGGGCCGCGCCGGGUUCGGGCUGGGAAGAGGGCGAAUUCGAGUUCAAGUUGGUUUUUGAGGAGGACCCGCCGCGCCAACUCCGGGGGCCAUCUCCAAUGCGCAACGUGGACCAGGAGCACAUCAUCACGGGGGAGAGAACGGAGAACACCCUGUUGCACCUUGAGUCGAGCAGUAACGUUGACAACCACCUGGUUACCACAAAUGCAGGCCAGCCAAUCGGCAUCCCUGCCUCACCUUCAUCAGCCAGUCAGAGGGCCGGGAUGCAUUCCCCACCUCCGAGGCGAGCCUUGGCGAGGGAGUUCAGUGGGACCUAUGAGAGCCUUCCAGCCCGGUCUGUACAGGUGUCGGAGUCUCGUGUUUUGGAGUGCCCCAGCAUCCAAAUAACAACCAUCUCCCCUGAGGAUGACUGUGCUCCAGCAGGCGGAAACUACUGGGACACUGGAGGAGGCUGGGAUCGUGAGCGCCUCUACCUCCCCCUCCUGGACCCCUUCUGCUACCGCGAGGCAGGAUGUGCAGGCUCACUCAGCCCCAGCCCCGCCUCCAGCCCCUCUUCCCGAGGCUGGCUCAGCCCGGCGUCCAGCUGCGAUUCGUUGCUGGUGGAGGAGGAGGAGCUGAAUGAAGCCACUGCACACUUUGGGCUUUCCCCUUCCUCUAGGCCCACCUCCCCAGGGGGGAAAAAAAGGCGUAAUUCCCCCCUGGCCUCUCCCUGCACCUCACGCAGGAGCAGCUACUCCGAAGACCACAGCGUCCUGGAGGGGGGAGACUCCGCCCCUCAGUCCCAAGCUCCGCCCAGUAGUUUUGAGCUGAGUAUCCCGCAGAAGACCAGGAAGACAUCUUUGGAGCAGAUGUCUCCCAGGGAGGUGGAUCAGGACUCCUCAUCCCCAGCCCCAGGCCUCCCCCCCUGCCUGCCACCAGAGCACCUCCAGCAGCAGCAGCCGCAGCAGCUGCAGCAGGCCAGGAGAGAGCCCCCAUCCCUGGGCAUGGACUACCUGUCCGUGCCCCCAUCCCUUGGCUGGGGCAGGACCCGGGCCAGCGCGCACAGCCCCCUCUUCAGGUCCAAUGCUCUGCCACCACUUGAUUGGCCGCUGCCGUCUCAGUUCGACCAGUAUGAGCUGCGCAUAGAGGUGCAGCCACGCCCCCACCACCGAGCCCACUACGAGACGGAGGGCAGCCGAGGAGCCGUCAAGGCCUCGCCCGGGGGACAUCCUGUGGUCAAGCUCACAGGCUACACAGAGAGACAGCCCCUCUCCUUGCAGGUGUUUGUCGGAACAGCAGAUGAUAGGUCCAUCCGGCCACACCCCUUCUACCAGAUACACAGGGUGACAGGGAAGAUGGUGGGCACGGCCAGUCAGGAGAGCAUUCAGGCGGGCACCAAGAUACUGGAUAUCCCCCUCAACCAAGAGACCAACAUGACUGCACUUAUCGACUGUGCCGGUAUCCUGAAACUGAGGAACUCGGACAUCGAGCUACGGAAAGGAGAGACAGACGUAGGGAGGAAGAACACGCGCGUGCGUCUAGUGUUCCGUACCCACCUCCCCCUGGCCCCGCCCCUGGCCCCGCCUGGGCGUGUACUGGCCCUGCAGGUGGCCUCCCUGCCCAUCGAGUGCUCUCAGCGUUCAGCUCAGGAGCUGCCGGUGGUGGAGUCUGUCAGCAUCACUUCCUGUUCUGUGGAGGGAGGGGAGGAGCUUCUGCUGAGCGGCACCAACUUCCUGCCAAUGUCCAGAGUGCUCUUCAUGGAAAGAGGGACAGAUGGCAAGUUGCAGUGGGAGGAGGAGGCGCAUGUUGACCGGGACAACAGUAAUGAGGGUUUGCUGUGUGUGCAAGUUCCAGCGUACAGUGACCUUUCAGUGAGUCGACCAGUCCCUGUGUGUCUGUACGUCUCCAAUGGCAAGAGAAAGAGAAGCAGCACCCAUUGUUUCAAAUACCUGCCCAUCAUGUUUAAAGAGGAGGACCCCCUUCUGUCCCACCCUUCCGUCCUCCCCCUGGAGGGGGUGACGCUACAUCUCAGGGGUGACCCGCCUCCAGAGGACCCAGGCCAGGGCUUCCACCUGCCCCCGUACCCUUCCACCUACUCCCCUCCGUACCCGGGCCACGGGUACAAUGAGGAGUACAACUGCCCCAAGCCAGAGGCAGCGGACGAUGCUGGGGGUUCCAGGGGGGCUCUGUCGGAGAGGCACCCUAGCUUUGAGAGCUUGGAGCUGGGCUUCACAGAGCUCCUGCCUCCCCUGUACCCCAGGGCCCCGCAGCCACCCUCCCCGUCCCCAUCCCCAUGGCUGGACUCCCCAUACCUGUCCUCGUCCCCCUCCCCCUCCCACUCCUCCUCCCUCAGCCCCUUCCCUGCCGGCAGCCCAAUCUCCUCCUCCCCCCUGCCCCCCAUUGUCUCCUCAUCCUCCCCUUACCCCCAGUACCCCUACACCCAGGAGGUGUGCCCCUCACCCCCCUCCCACCACAGCCCCUACCAGGACUUCUACCCCCCGCCAUACAGCCACUAUGAGGCCUGGGAGUCCCAGGGAGGGGUUCAGGGAGCUGGGGGGGAGAGGGAGCCUCCAUCUGGGCCAAAGAUGCAUGAGAGCCCCCUGGAGUUUGCCAGCUCGUCCACCAUGCAACACAUCACGUUAGAGGAAGUGAACGAGUUCAUCGGGGAGGACAUCCGAUCGUUCCAUUCCAGCUCACAGAUGGACAGCCAGCCUAGCUGAGCGGCACAGCGCCUUUUAAUCCUUCAGUCCAUAUCCUAUCACACUUUAUGCACUUGGUUUAUGAAGCUA